CAUAUUCACCCACCCCCACGCCAAUGGUGGUCACCGGAGACACCAACCAGCCUGGGUGGUGGUGUUAGAAACCCCCACAAGCAAAAUAAUUUUUUUUUAAAUAGUGGAAAUAUGACAAGUUCUCAUUCUCAAGAUUCUAAUCUUGUUUCAACUGUAGCACAUGAUAGCAACAACAAUAACAAUACACACUAUACCUCUACUACUGAUAUUUGUAUAUAAUAUAUAUCUCUAUCCCAAUGGGUGUAGAUACCCAUUAACCCCAUUUUCAAACAUACCCAUGUAGAAAAGAAAUUCUCUCAUAUAUGAAAGCGAGUGACCUUUUUUGAUUAUAUUUAUAGCUAUAGUUAAUUGGGUAUUUGCUUUCUUGAUUUGAUGUUAUUGGAAUUUUGAAAAGACAAGAUUCUAUUCAUUUUUUCUUCUUCAACCAAAUAAAUUAAAGCAGACAAAAUUACAACUUCUUUUGGAGUAUUGAUUUUUGUUAAGGCUGAGGGAUUUGAAGAUUUUCCUGUUGUUGGCUUUAAGUCCAAAGACAAUGAAUUCUUCAACAUAUACUCAAUUUGUUGCCUCUAAAAGGAUGGGUAUAUGUGACCCAAUCCAUCAAAUUGGCAUGUGGGGAGAUUUCAAAGAUAGCAGCUUCCCAGAUACGGGUGCGACCUUGAUUUUUGACGUCGAUAAUUGCCUAGAAAAUGAGACAGAGGAACCUUCGCAUGGAACAGUUGGAACGUCUAACAGAUAUGAACCAGAAACAAAUAAACGUAUCGAAAAGGUGCAUAGACGGCUUGCACAAAACCGUGAGGCUGCUCGUAAAAGUCGUUUACGGAAGAAGGCUUACGUUCAGCAGUUGGAAAGUAGUAAACUGAAGCUGCUUCAGUUGGAACAAGAACUAGAUCGUGCUAGACAACAGGGUCUAUAUGUAGGUGGUGGUUUAGAUGCUAGUCAGAUAGGUUGCUCUGGAACUGCAAAUUCAGGAAUAACUACGUUUGAAAUGGAGUAUGGUCAUUGGGUGGAAGAGCAAGAUAGACAAACAGAUGAAUUAAGGAGUGCUUUGCUUUCCCAAAUUGGUGAAAUUGAAUUGCCCAUUCUUGUGGAGGGUUGCUUGAAUCACUAUUUUGAUCUCUUUCGCUUGAAAGCUACAGCCGCAAAUACCGAUGUCCUCUACCUUAUGUCUGGCACAUGGAAGACAUCAGCUGAGCGCUUGUUCUUUUGGAUUGGAGGGUUUCGUCCCUCCGAACUUCUAAAGGUUCUCACGCCACAUAUGGAGCCAUUGACAGAACAGCAAGGCCGGGAUGUUCACAACCUCACCCAAUCCUGUCAGCAGGCAGAAGAUGCGUUGUCCCAAGGUAUGGUUAAACUCCACCAGAUUCUUGUUGAGGCUGUUGCAGCUGGUACACUAGGCGACGGAAUUAUCCUUCCACAGAUGGCCGCUACCAUUGAGAAGUUGGAAGCUCUUGUUAGAUUUGUAAAUCAGGCAGAUCAUCUUCGCCAAGAAACCCUACUACAAAUGUCCUGCAUACUGACUCCCCAACAAUCAGCUCAGGGUCUCCUUGCCUUAGGAGAGUACUUUAAACGUCUUCGGGCACUAAGCUCACUUUGGUCCGGUCGUCCUUCUGAACCGACUUAAAGAAGUAAGAAAGAGCUACCCAGGGUUUUCAACUUUGCCAAUCAAAGCUGUGUGGGCUAAAUCUGCCUCUUGUUGCCAGUAAAAGAUGGAACAUAAUAUCAGCUGGCGCCCGUUCGGAUACUACUUCGUCCCUGAUUGAAAUCUGUAUAUAAGUUCUGUUAUGCUGUAAUUGGAAAUUUGAAAUUGCAUUUUUCAUCUUUUCACAUUGGUUUUGAUGAUUGUAAAUCAAUAUGGUCUUGAGAGGUUAUCUAGGAAUUCUUGCGAGAUGAAAGGUUACUCCAAGUUAUGGUGCCUCUCUGUAUUUAAUUGUCUAUGAUGGGAGUGAUGAUAUGCCAAGCAAUUUUUGAAUGCUUUGCAGAUGAACAACUGCUAUAAAAGAAAGAAAGCAAUAUGGCAUGAGCAA